AGGUUAAUUAAUUUCUUCUAGAAAAAAACACUGCAUUGAAUAUUCCUUCUUCAACACUCACAACACACCAAGUGUACAAAUGCACAAAACCACCUCCUCCUUGUGAAGAAAAAGUAGAGAUACAGAAAUCAAAUGGGUAGCUCAGAAGAAGAAAAACUGAUUCAGAUGGUUAGAGACUUCAUUGAAUUAGACCCUUCCUCUCCCAUUUCCCCAACUUCUUUCAAACCCAUCCAAUUUCAUCAUCAACCCACUCACCUCAUCAGUUUACAGGACAUUCUUGGGAGGGUCACAGAUGGUGAGAUAGAGAUUCUUGAGAAAAUCUUAUUGUACUUGAAAGAUAUGGAACACACAGAGCAGACCAACAACAAUAAUAUAAAGGAAUGGAUUGUCUUGAAAUUGAAAAUGGAUUCUUAUGAAGCUUCCCUCUGUAAAACCACUUGGGUUACUACUUUUGGUCGCCCUUCAGUGUUCCAAUUUACAGGUGAUUACGAGUAUAUUGAUGUGAUGAUGAAGGACGAUAGACGUCGGAGUGAUGAAACAGUGAGGUUGAUUGUGGACAUGGAUUUCAAGUCCCAGUUCGAAUUGGCGAGGCCAACAUCAACCUACUCAGAGCUCUCAAAUGCUCUGCCAUCAAUAUUUGUUGGGACCGAGGAGAAGCUCAACAACAUCAUCUCUCUGCUCUGCUCCGCCGCAAAGCAAUCACUGAAGGAGAGAGGUCUCCACAUUCCUCCGUGGAGAAAAGCCAGUUACAUGCACUCCAAGUGGCUCUCCGAGAACUGCAAGAGAGUCUCGGUUUCUGGCUCUCCAAACAGAGAAUUAGUCGUUGGUGUACCUAAAUGUGAACCCAAAAGUGGGACAAGCAUUUGUGGUUCGUCCGAAUUCGGGAAAUGGGUGAUGGUUGUGAAGCCUUGAGAGAGACAGAGAGAGGGUUUUUCAGUUUUGGUGGUGAGUCUGGCUUGUUGUCUAUCCAAUUUUGUGAUAUGAGUAUCCAAGUGCUGCCAAAUUCAGUUGAGUUGGGAGGUCUCUUCCUCAAGUUUUGAUCCUUCUGCCUAUGCAAUCAUACCUUUGUUUUUUUUUUUGGUAGUUUGGCAGGGAGAUCGAUGAUACAAAAGAGAUAUUGUAUACCCAGUAUUGUUGAUUACUAGUCCUAUGUUGUUGCGGUGUUAUGUUAACCAUACUCGAUAAUAUGAAAUUGAGGCGUAUUUUAUUUGAA